AUGAGAGGGGUGAUGCCUAAGGUUGACUGGAGGAGAAUGGUUUGCAAUAAUCAAGGAUCACCUAAGUGGUUGUUUAUACUAUAUAUAGCUGUAUCCGGUAAGAUCCUCACUAGAACAAGAUUGGCCAAAUGGGGCACUGUUACUGAUGUAAAAUGCUUCUUAUGUGACAGAGAGGAUAAGGAUAUAGACCAUUUGUUGUUUGGUUGCAUUUUUUCCAGUAGUAUCUGGGAGAAAAUACUGCAAUGGCACGGAAUUAAGAGAAGAGCAAUGACCUGGCAGCAGGAAGUUCAAUGGGCAAUAAGUCAUGCCAAGGGCAGAAGUGGAGCAGUUGAAGUGUACAAAAUUGUGUUGGCUUGUAGUGUUUAUCAUAUAUGGCAGGAAUGGAAUUGGAGGAUAUUUCAUAAGAGGACUAGAGGACCAGCUGAGAUUACUAGAUUAAUCAUUCAAGAAGUUCAUGGUAGAGGAAGCAAACAAGUUGCAAGCCAGAAAGAUGAAGCAAAUGAAGAUGCAAAGAGAACAGAUGGCUCAAAAAUUAAUACUUGUGAAGAAUGUGGUGUGAACUUUCAGAAGCCUGCCAAUUUGAAGCAGCAUUGUUGCUGUAGUGCUUAA